GAGAGAGAGAGAGAGAGGUGAGUGCUGUAGCAACUUCCUGCUGUUGCAUGAGGCAUUGAGUUGCAGUUAUUUUCUCUCUGUCUGAAACUCUGACAGACUGUUGCACAGAGAGAAGCGGGAGCUGACUGAAGCUAAGCAGGAUGCAGGCUAUCAAAUGUGUUGUUGUGGGAGAUGGAGCUGUGGGGAAAACAUGUCUUCUCAUCAGCUACACAACCAACGCUUUCCCUGGAGAAUAUAUCCCUACUGUCUUUGAUAACUACUCAGCCAAUGUGAUGGUGGACAGUAAGCCAGUCAACCUGGGUCUCUGGGAUACAGCAGGACAGGAGGACUAUGACAGACUGAGACCACUGUCCUACCCACAGACGGAUGUGUUCCUCAUCUGUUUCUCUCUGGUGAGCCCAGCGUCCUACGAGAACGUCAGAGCCAAGUGGUACCCAGAGGUGCGUCACCACUGCCCGUCAACCCCUAUCAUCCUAGUGGGUACUAAGCUGGAUCUGAGGGACGAGAAGGAGACCAUUGAGAAGCUCAAAGAGAAGAAACUGGCCCCCAUCACCUACCCACAAGGCCUAGCGCUGGCCAAGGACGUUGACUCUGUGAAGUACCUGGAGUGUUCUGCUCUGACCCAGCGUGGCCUGAAGACAGUGUUUGACGAGGCUAUCAGGGCAGUACUCUGCCCACAGCCAACCAAGGUCGGCAAGAAGAAAUGUCUACUGCUCUAACAGAUGCAGCUAAGAGUGAAAACGGACAGCGAACAAACCAGGGAGCCAGAUGUUAACUCAAAAGGCCUUUUAGCUUUUCUGUGCUAGAAGAAAAAACAUUGACUUAUGAAAGCCUACAUGGUUAAAUAAAUAUAACAUAUUAUAAUUAAGUCAUGUUAAAUAUAUUACAAUGGUUUCUGAUGUGUGCUUGUUAGGUACUGGUAUAUAGUGUAUGAUAUCUGUGUUUCUGUCAAAUGAAUAAAUUGUAUAAUAUUUGCAGAAUAUUAAUAAUCUGAACAAGACAAUACUGUAAUAUUUUCCCCUCUACUGUGAAGGUGAUAUUUGACCUUGAUGUAUGUGUGUCCCAAAUGGCACCCUAAUCCCUAAGUGCACCAUUAGACACUUGUAUUUUCAUUGUUUUUUUUUUGUUUUUAUAAAACCUUUAUUUUUUACUCAAGUGUUAACAUAAAUAAUGACACACUGCCUUUUCAGAAAUGAAACAACAAAUGUAAUUCCUAAACAAAAAUAAAUACAUAACAUAUACAUUCAA